CACUUCUCGCAUUCCCGUCAAAAACUCCUAGUUUCCAUUAAUAAAAAGCUUUUUAUGACUACCCACUUUUAUUAAUCAAUGUAUACUUGGUUUCCUAUAAGCUGGUGCCUAUCUGUAGGUGCCUCUGUUCACUCGAGAACAGUGAAGCAAACAGUGCUCGUUGAAAAAUACAAGAUUUCAAAGGAAAUAAGACAGGAAACGCUAUGGUACGUGUCUGCGUCAUCGGGGCUGGAGCGGCUGGCGUCUGCGCUGCUCGCCACCUCCUCGUGGAGCCCUGCGUGGACCAUGUGGACAUCUUCGAGCAGGCCAGUCAGCUGGGCGGGACGUGGGUGUACACUGAGAAAGUCGGCUAUGAUGACUUCGGCCUGCCCAUUCACAGCAGCAUGUAUAAGAGUUUAAGGACAAAUCUACCAAAAGAGAUAAUGGGAUUUCCCGAUUUUCCUGUACCGGAGAGCGAAAAGUCUUACUUGCCCGCGAAGGAGAUGUUAUCCUUCCUGCAACUGUACGCCGAUAAGCAUCAAGUUACGGAUCGGAUCAAUUUUAACCACCAUGUCAACCUCGUGAUACCAAAAGCGGGUCCCUCGGGCGAACUCUGGGACGUGUCGUUCAAGAACUUGCUGAAUGGAGAAUCAGAGACGAGGGAGUACGACUACGUGUUCGUCUGUAAUGGGCACUACAAUACGCCCUUUAUACCGAACAUACCGGGACUGAAGGAAUUCCAAGGAGACGUGAUGCACAGCCACGACUACAGAGUCCCAGAGAUCUUCUCGGGCAAGCGUGUGCUGGUGGUUGGCGCGGGACCUUCGGGGAUGGACAUAGCUUUGGAAGUCACCAACGUGGCCCAUAAAGUCAUACUCAGCCAUCACUUGAAAGAACAACCCAGAACAGUCUUCCCCGAUAACUUGACCCAGAAGCCGGACGUGAAGAGACUUGAUGGAAAAAAGGUUCACUUCGCUGAUGAAAGUGAAGAUGAAGUCGAUGUAGUGUUUCUGUGUACUGGAUAUCUAUACAACUUCCCUUUUCUUCACGAGUCUUGUAAUAUAUCCGUGGAAGACAACUGCGUGGAGCCUCUCUACAAGCACCUGGUCAACAUCCACCACCCGACCAUGUGCUUCAUCGGCGUGCCUUACUACGUCUGCGCAUUCUCCAUGUUUGACUUGCAGGUCAGAUAUUACAUACGUUCCAUUAACGGGACCUUUAGUCUUCCGUCCACUGAAGAGAUGAUCGCCCACUGGGAGGAGGAGAAGAAAGACAGAGCUUCGAGGGGAUACACGAAACGACAGGCCCACAUGAUGGGACCCGACCAGGAAAAAUACUACGCAUCGCUGGCUACGGAAGCGGGCACGAAAUCCCUGCCGUCGGUGUUGACGAAGAUCCGAGAGGAAAGCUCCAUUAGGUUUCUGCACAAUCUGAAGCACUACCGACAGGACGUGUACAAAAUCAUCGACGACAACACUUAUGAGAUUGUAAACGACGCUGCUAGAUAAAUCUGUUGAAAUUAGGCUGUAGACAAUAUUAGGCUCUAGACAAAAUAAGUAUAAUUCAUAUUUUAGGUGAAAUUAACGAUUGACGCCUCCGGCCGGCUUAUCGGCUGUCAAAAUUGCGUAUGACUUUUUGUUAGGUAUAUGAAAGAUAGAGGUAAGGAGAACCGUCCAUGUGAGAGAAGCUUGAAAAAGUGUCUCACUUUCAGCACUAAAUAACAGUUCAAAAAUCCUCCAGAAUGGCGCUAGCAUAGGCACAGGGUAUGAUAUAAAUUGAGCAGUUGUUAACUGAUUAAAGUAUGCUGAGUUAGGAAAUUUAUUUAAUGACUGGGGUAUAGUGACAGUGUAAUAUACCUACAAGACCUCACAUGUUUACGUAGUCCAAACUAAUUUCGUCAAUAUAACCUAAAAUUUAUUGCUACAGUGGUGGUAAAACGUGGAGACGUCGAAUGCAUUUUCUUAUCAGCUUUAAAUAAAAUACUUUUUGUGAUUUUGUAGUGCUUACAGUUCUUUCGUCCUUUUUUUAUCUCUCUAUCUUAUUCUAAUAACUUUCAGGGCCUUUUUUUAAAUUUACCCGGUAGCUACUGUAGCGCCACCCUUAUUUAGCAGAUUUUAACGGACACUUCUUACACACAGAGACGGUUCUCCUUAUCUCUACCCUCAAUAGUUAGGCACAUAGGUACCUUUACGCUGAAUGCGCUAUUUGAAAUUUCAAAUAACUAAUUAAAUGAAGAGCUCAAAGAGUAGGUAUGUAACACUACAUUUAGAAGACCGUUACAGCAUAAUAUUUAAAGUUAUUAAACUCUAGACACGUUGUGCACAGUUACGUAUCCAAAGUGUUUUUACAUACAUUUUUAAUUGUAUUAAUACAAUUUUUUUAAAUUAGUAAACUGUUAUUUAUUAGACAAAGCUAAAUAAAUUCUACUCUGAAAUAUGUACAAAUCGGUACCGACAUUGUAGACAUUCGUGGGCAAAUAAACUCUGAGACAAACGCAAACAACUGUAUAUUUACGUUUUUAAUACUUGUAUUGUCUGUAAUUGAGCGUGUUAUAACCACUUACAGGUUAGUAGGUAUUCAUCCUGGCCGUCUCUGCCGCAUAACAAUAAAGCCUCCUGCUUAUUUCUGCCGCAUUGCAGGCCAUGAUAGCCCUUACCUUAUUAUAAAUAAGACCUAGAGCAGAUAUCUCCGAGUUGUUGGCAGGCAUGAUACUUAUCAUUAAGUUAUCUAUGGUAUUAUCUAUCCCAUCUCAAAUAUAAAGGUAUAAAUUGCAAUCUUAUUUAGAAAGUAUAUUUAUGAUUUUCAGUAAACAUUUAAUAUUGAGGUAACCAUGAACUUGCUUGCCAAUUCAAAUAAGUAUAGCUUUUAUGUGAAUUAAUAAUUAAUGAAUUUAUUAAUAUGAAAGAUAAUUUUACAUCAUAUAUAAUUUAUUAUACAAUUAUAUAUUUUCUAAAAAAAGCUGCUCUGUUUUAAAUUACAAAAUAGGUAAUUCUAAUGAGUUAAGUUCUAAUGAAAUACAAAUUUACCUUUGUGUUUUUUAUCAAAUGUUAUUUAUAUUUAAAACAUAUUACCUACUAUGAAUUAUAAAAUUCCUUUUUGAAAAUAAACUUUAAGUCAGUGCAUACUAUUUGAAUAUCAAUGACUUCAAAA